AUGGUCUUCACCUUCAACGACACCUCCCUCUCCUCUAUCACAUCAGAGCGUCUACUCCGGGCUAUGCAGAGCGUCUACUCCGUCCUCUGCUCCCUCAACCUCCAGGACAAGGUCUCCAUCACCACUGCCCACUCCCUCGCCGUCCUCCAGACCUCCUACCUCCCCUUCGCCUGCAGGUUCCACCCGGACCUCACCCCCUGCUUGACUGCCAUCCUCAACUUCCAUCUCAAGACCGGCUCCCCUUUCCUCAUCAAUGCCUACCCCUACUUCGCCUACAAGGCCAACCCCAAGCAGGUCCCUCUGGAGUUCGUCCUUUUCCAGCCCAACUCCGGGAUCGUCGAUCCCGCCACCAAUCUCCACUACGACAACAUGUUUUUCGCCCAGAUCGACGCCGUCCAUUUCGCCGUCGAGUCCUUGGGGUUCAAGGAUGACGCGGUGUGCGUCCAGAUCUCCGAGACCGGCUGGCCCUCCAAGGGGGACACUGACGAGGCCGGAGCCACUCCGGAGAAUGCCAAGAAGUACAACGGCAACCUCAUCAACAAGCUGGUGUGCGGGAAGAAGGGGACGCCCAUGAGGCCCAACGCCGACUUGAACAUCUAUGUCUUCGCCCUUUUCAACGAGAACAUGAAGUCCAGCCCAAGCUCCGAGAGGAACUACGGCCUCUUCAAGCCGGAUGACUCCUCGGCCUACUACAUUGGCUUCAACAGCACCGGUCUCCUUUCCACUUCCUCCAAUACCUCCACUACUCCUAGUAGUACUGGUAGUAGCAGCAGCAGCAGUAGUAGUGUUCCUCUUGGCUCCUCCUCCUCCUCCGGUAGCACCACUUCUUCCACAGCAGUAGUAGUAUCAUAA